GAAAGAGAAAGGGAAAAAAUACGAAACACCUCGAAUAUUCCAAGAUUCAUUCAAAAAUUGGACACAGAAAAAAUAUUUUUCCCCCAUAUGUAAGAUGGUGACGGUUUGAAGCAUCUAAAGGAACUACGAGAGAUUGGAAGGGCCCUGAGACGAAAUAUAAACUCUUCUGCGUGCUUAAUCGCGAGUCUGUGACACGAUUUGCGGGAGUUUCAUUUACACUUCUUCAGGAGCUAAAAGCACGUUCCUAUGUGUGUAUUCCUGGGUUUGAACAAUAACUUCACGGUUUGAGCAAUACCAAUAGACUCUUAACUGUGCGUGAUUUUUCCGUUUAAUCCGUAAGCCGGUAAUUUUGGGUUUCAACUUUUGACUUGUUUCUCUGGGAACCAAUACCACAAUCAUGACGUAAAAUUAAUUUCAAGGAUUUCCUCUGUCACGUGGUUUUCUGCAGCAAUGCAUCCCUUUUUCGUUGCCAUGAUAUGAAGUGCAAAUCCAAGACGGCGGCCCGAACAAGACGCGAGAAAGAAAACGCUGAGUUCUAUGAACUGGCGAAGUUACUUCCCCUGCCGUCCGCCAUAACCAGUCAGCUGGACAAGGCCUCCAUUAUACGGCUAUGUACCAGUUAUCUCAAAAUGAGGACCGUCUUUCCCGACGGACUAGGGGAUGGUUGGGGUCAAAGGUCACCUCCAAGAACCUUGUUGGAAAAGGAACUUGGAUCGCAUCUUCUUCAGACACUAGAUGGCUUCAUUUUCGUUGUUGCCCCAGACGGGAAGAUCAUGUACAUAUCCGAAACUGCAUCCGUCCAUUUGGGAUUAUCACAGGUAGAACUGACAGGAAACAGUAUUUAUGAGUAUGUACAUCCGGCAGAUCAUGAUGAAAUGACUGCGGUGCUCAAUUAUCACUCCUCCCCUUAUCCAUGCUGUUAUAAAGAGUUUGAAAUAGAACGGUCCUUUUUCAUUCGUAUGAAGUGUGUACUUGCCAAAAGGAAUGCGGGUCUUACUUCCGGUGGUUACAAGGUUAUUCACUGUGGAGGGUAUUUGAAAAUCAAACAAUACAACAUGGAGAUGUCCCCUUACGAGGGAUGUCAACAAAAUGUGGGACUAGUCGCCAUUGGCCAUUCACUUCCGCCCAGUGCCAUAACGGAAAUGAAAAUGUUCAAUAACAUGUUCAUGUUCCGAGCAAGCCUCGAUUUGAAACUCAUUUUUCUAGAUGCAAGGGUGGCUCAGUUGACUGGGUAUGAGCCCCAGGACCUGAUAGAGAGGACCCUGUAUCAGUACAUUCAUGCCUGUGAUAUCCUACAUAUGAGAUUUGCUCAUCACACACUUUUGUUGAAAGGUCAAGUCACCACAAAGUAUUAUCGUUUCCUGGCCAAGGAUGGUGGAUGGGUCUGGAUACAAAGUUAUGCUACAAUAGUCCACAACAGCAGAUCAUCUCGUCCACACUGCAUUGUGAGCGUGAACUACGUUCUGAGUGAGGUCCAAGCAAGAGGUCUUCAGAUCCAGUUAGAACAAACUGUCCAAAAAGAGCUUUCGCCAUUCUCCACCCUUCCUGGAAGAUCUCCGGGAAAGUCAAGAUCAACCAAGUCCAAACAUCGACGAUCGCCUUACUCACAGAAUACAAGCAACCAGGAAUUUCCUCCUGAAUUUGAGUUGGUUCCUGAAAUUGCUAACCCUGACUUUUGUCAUAUAAUACAACCCAAUCCACAUUACGAGGAUCCCAUGGGGAAGUUUGAGCCUCUCUAUGGGCAUGCGUUUCCAGGAGUCUUCCAUCCUGAUUAUUUUCCUCAUCCAUCCUAUCAUCCGCAAAAUCAGUCCUUUGCAGACGAUCGUCUUCAUUGUAAAUUUGAAGCAGAAAAGUAUUACCCUUAUAAGAAUAUGGAUCAUCUUUCAUCAUGUAUGAAUUCAUCUAGUCCCAAGUUAACUCAUUUAGAUACGUCAGCGGAUAGCAGGACAAAUAUUUCACCUCGAUUUGAAUACAGAUCGGCUGGACCAUGUUCCCGUAGCAGCAGUCGUGAUGCUGUAUCCGGGUAUCCUUAUAGCAACCAAUCAGAAUCUUCCACGUCAGAGGUUGACGUAGGCGUCGACGAUAUGGAGAAACGAUCUAUAUCAUCAUCCUUUCAGCAAAAUCUUGAUACCGGUCAAAAUGCAAUCAAAGAGGAACAAUCACCAAAAACUUUCACAGCAACAGACAAUCUUCCGCAUCCACAAUCAUGUGGCAUUCAACAAUCUGUUAUCAUGCGUCAUAGACCGAACAUCGUGCCCGACACAUUAACUGAUUCCCAAAAAUCAAUUCCCCCAAAUCAAACCAAAUACCCAGAUCACGAAAAUAGAUCUGAUCAACAUUAUCGUAAUAUACAGCAAAAUGGACAUACUGGUGGGAUGGACCUUCAUGCAGUUCAAGAUAGAAAUUUCAAUGCUCAAGAUAUUUAUUCGCAUUGUUUACGUGCUUCCUGUGCUUAUGACUCCUACACAAAUCAGACGGAUUACAAUCAAACCCCGAUCCCGACUCCUAAACAUUUCUCCUCCGUGCCACAGCCGGGGUAUGCUAGUGUUAUUGUGGAUACUCAGCAGUACCAUUUAGCUAACGGUUAUGUGCAUUAGAUAUGUUAUGCUGAAACAUGAGUUUGUAAAUGUUUUGCAUAUUUUCUUUCUCUCUCUCAAAAGCUUCCGUCACCGAUGUGAGUAAAUCAGUCUGAAAGUUGUGUAAACCUAGGAACGGAUUGAAUUGAGCUGAUUUUUCAAUCAAAUAUCAAGAGUUUGUUUAGAGACCAGGAAAAUAUGCGUGUAGUGAAAAAUGUUUUAGAGCGCCCUACUUAAUUACGGAAAAGAAUUUGUACUUAGCUGGAAUGGAAUGUUUAUGAUUGUCAAAGCAGGUUCUGUUCCAAUAACGUAACAACAAAGCAAAAAAUUUUGAACUUAAAAAUAUCUCGUGAUACUAAUGAGAGAAAACAGUUAAGUAUGCAUUUAUAAAAAUCAGAGAAUUCAAUUUUCCGAAAAAGAAAAUGGAUGUAAACAUGUAUUAUGUUAAUCAGGAUUUUUUGUAUUUUUAUAUUUCUGUGUAUCCUAGAAUUUCGAUCGAAGUAAAUAAAAGAUCAACUUUGGAAAAAUUGACUUUGAGAAACAGGCUAUUUUUAUAACUCUUCAGUGAAAAGAGAUUAAAAUGCUCAGUAUUGUUAAUGAACAUCUCGAGGGGAAAUCAAAUUAUUGACUUAUUCUUUCUUGGUCACUGGUUGUUUUUUUUAUCAGUAUGUAGGAAGAGUGAUGUAGUUUCAUUUAGUAUUUGUAAACAGGGUUCGUUAAAUUAUAUUAAUGAGAUGCCAUAAUAAAAUGAUUUGAAACCAC